CCCCACCCCCCGUUCUCGUCGUCGAUGAAACGGCGAGUAAGAACACUUCGGACCGGGUUUGGGGGGGGGAGGAGGUACCGCCGAACCCCGCACUCGCUCGUCUCAGCCCAGCUCGCCUCGCUGCCUUCGGACGUAGGAGCGAGGUGAAGCCGUCUUUUGUUGGAACAAGUGCCGCUCGCUUCGCAGCUCCUCUCCUGCGUGUGGCCAGUGGGAGUUUAUUCAUGUCAAAAAGAAAACCAAGUGUGUUUCGUGCUUGCUUCAGCGAGUUCGUUGGGUCAUCCCGGGCGAGGAUUUAAAGAAUUUAUUUGCACCGGGACUCCCCGAGAAUCACCAGACUGGCGGCUCUUCUGAAACACUGGGAUUGUUGGUGUGGCCAAAUUUUCCCUGGAUUUGACAAGUAAAUUCAGAAGACUGAAGCCCAGGCUCACAGUCUACCUUUCACGGAGGCCCAGCCGUGAGAGGACUGAGGAAGGCACGUGGCGGAUCAUGACGGCUGACAAAGAGAAGGAGCGGGAGAAAGAACGGGACAGGGACAGAGAUCGGGACAGGGACAAGAGGGAGUCCGGGAAGUCCCGCCGGCAAGACGGGGAACGGGGUGAAAGCGAGAGCUCCAGGCCCAGGCGCAGUUGUACCCUGGAAGGUGGCGCCAAGAACUAUGCAGAGAGCGAACACAGCGAGGAUGAGGACAACGACAACGGCAGCACAGGUGGAGGCAGUGGCACGGCCGAGGAGGCCGGCAAGAAGGGCAAGAAAAAGAUGCCCAAGAAGAAGUCCCGCUACGAGCGCACAGAGAAUGGCGAAAUCACGUCGUUCAUCACAGAAGACGAUGUUGUUUACAGACCAGGAGAUUGUGUGUACAUAGAGAGUCGCAGGCCCAACACUCCCUACUUCAUUUGUAGCAUUCAAGAGUUCAAACUGAGUAAACGGGACCAUCUGCUGAUGAAUGUGAAAUGGUACUACCGCCAAUCAGAAGUGCCCGACUCUGUCUACCAGCACCUGGUGCAGGAUCGCAACAAUGAGAAUGAUUCCGGACGUGAGCUGGUUAUCACAGACCCUGUGGUCAGGAGUCGAGAGCUCUUCAUUUCUGACUAUGUGGACACUUACCAUGCUGCUGCUCUCAGGGGGAAAUGCAACAUUUCACAUUUCUCUGACAUUUUUGCUGCCAGGGAGUUCAAGGCUCGCAUUGACUCCUUUUUCUAUAUCCUCGGAUAUAACCCAGAGACGAGGCGGCUAAACAGCACUCAGGGGGAAAUCCGGGUGGGCCCCAGUCAUCAAGCCAAGCUUCCAGAGCUGCAGCCUUUCCCCUCCUCUGGUGGUCAGGCAGUGACGGAGAAUGAGGAGCUGGUCUGGAUGCCAGGGGUCAAUGAUUGUGACCUUCUCAUGUACCUCAGAGCCGCAAGGAGCAUGGCCGCCUUUGCAGGGAUGUGUGACGGAGGCUCAACAGAGGAUGGAUGUCUAGCAGCCUCUCGAGAUGACACUACAUUAAACGCACUCAACACUCUUCAUGAGAGCAGCUAUGAUGCUGGCAAAGCUCUCCAGCGGCUGGUGAAGAAGCCGAUACCAAAGUUGAUAGAGAAGUGCUGGUCCGAGGAUGAAGUGAAACGCUUCAUUAAAGGCCUGAGACAGUUCGGCAAAAACUUCUUUAGGAUCCGGAAGGAGCUCCUACCAAACAAAGAAACGGGUGAGCUGAUUACCUUCUACUACUAUUGGAAGAAGACACCAGAGGCAGCAAGCUGUCGAGCCCAUCGCAGACAUCGCCGCCAGCCCGUCUUUCGGCGCAUCAAGACACGAACGGCUUCGACUCCUGUCAACACUCCUUCCCGUCCACCCUCUAGCGAAUUUUUGGACCUCAGUUCAGCCAGUGAGGAUGACUUUGACAGCGAGGACAGUGAACAGGAACUGAAGGGCUACGCUUGCCGCCACUGCUUCACUACCACCUCCAAGGACUGGCACCACGGGGGCAGAGAGAACAUCUUGCUGUGCACAGACUGCCGCAUUCACUUUAAAAAGUACGGUGAACUGCCUCCCAUUGAAAAGCCCGUGGACCCGCCGCCAUUUAUGUUCAAACCCGUCAAAGAGGAAGAGGAUGGACUCAGCGGGAAGCAUAGCAUGAGGACCAGACGGAACCGAGGCUCGAUGUCAACGCUACGUAGCGGUCGUAAGAAGCAAACAGCCAGUCCCGAUGGCCGAGCCUCGCCUAUCAACGAGGACCUGCGCUCCAGCGGACGUACUUCGCCCAGUGCUGCAAGUACUGACAGCACCGACAGCAAGACGGACACCAUGAAAAAGCCCAGCAAGAAGAUUAAAGAGGAGGCUCCUUCACCCAUGAAGAGUGCCAAACGGCAGCGAGAGAAAGGAACUUCAGACACAGAGGAACCCGACAGGGCUGGCGCCAAAAAGUCCAAAACACAAGAGCUAAGUCGACCAGACUCACCCUCCGAGUGUGAGGGAGAAGGGGAGGGCGAGGGCGAGAGCUCCGAUGGCCGCAGUAUCAACGAGGAGCUUAGCAGUGAUCCGAAGGACAUUGACCAGGACAACCGCAGCUCUUCUCCCAGCAUCCCCAGUCCCCGCGACAACGAGAGUGACUCGGACUCUUCUGCCCAGCAACAGCAGCUGCUGCAGAGCCAGCACCCUCCGGUCAUCCAGUGUCAGCCAAGCACCUCAUCAGCUGCUCCUUCUGCCCCACCGCCGCCGCCUCCCACAGGCUCGGCCCCUUCGCUGCCUCCGCAGGUCUCCCCCACGGCGGCGUCCGCCUCUCUGACGCCUCAGCCUCUUCCUCAAGCAAGCCCUAUGGCUCUCAUCCAGUCAGGAGCCUCCCUCCAUCCUCAAAGGAUUCCCUCUCCACAUUCACCCCUGACUCAAGCUCCGCCUCCUGGUCCCCCGGUACCACCUGCGUCAUUACCCAGCUCGCAUCACGGCCCCUCGCCUCCCAUGCCGCACCCGCUGCAGCCUGGCCCCCCUCACAUGCCUCACCCGCUUUCAAUGCCUGUCCAGGGCUUCCCCGUCAGUCAGUCUCAGGUCCCACCCCCACCGAUAUCUGGCCAGUCACAAGCAAGGCCGCACACCCCGCCCUCACAGUCAUCUUCUCACAGUGGAGGACAGCCUCCCCGGGAACAGCCACUCCCACCGGCACCGAUGUCAAUGCCUCACAUCAAGCCCCCGCCGACCACACCUAUCUCGCAGAUACCCACGCCACAGUCCCACAAACACCCGCCGCAUGUGUCCGCACCUCCGUUCCCGCAGAUGCCUUCCAACCUGCCUCCACCUCCUGCCCUCAAGCCCCUCAGCUCUCUCUCCACCCACCACCCCCCGUCGGCACACCCGCCUCCCCUUCAGCUCAUGCCUCAGGGGCAGCAGCUUCAGCCUCCCCCAGCGCAGCCUCCAAUUCUCACCCAGUCCCAAAGUCUCCCUCCAUCAUCCAGCCACCAGCCUCCUUCAGCUCCUCCGCUACCAUCCUCUGCUGGGGCAUCGCACCCCAAUGGGCCACCACAGCUGCCCUUCUCCGCUCACCCUUUCAGUGCAGUUCUACCUCCAACUGGCCCCUCCGUGUCCUCGUCAAACUCUAUGCCGGGCUUACAACCCGUGUCUUCCUCCGUCCCGCCCUCCUCCAUCUCCAUGCCGCUCCCCGCGUCCGUCGCUUGCGGUGGCCUGGGCACGGGUCUCCCGCCCGUGCACAUCAAAGAGGAGCCGCUGGACGAGACGGAGGAGCCGGAGAGCCCCCCGCCCCCACAGAGGAGUCCCUCCCCCGAGCCCACUGUCGUCAACACGCCAAGCCAUGCCAGCCAGUCCGCACGGUUCUACAAGCAUCUGGACCGCGGUUACAACUCGUGCGCUAGGACCGAUUUCUACUUCACUCCUUUGGCCUCGUCCAAACUGGCCAAGAAACGAGAGGAAGCUGUGGAGAAGGCCAAGAGAGAAGCAGAGCAGAAAAUUCGGGACGAGAAGGAAAGAGAGAGGGAACGGGAAAAGGAACGAGAGCGAGAGCGGGAACGAGAAAAGGAGGCCGAGCGAGCGGCGAAAGCCUCCUCGUCGGCCCACGAGAGCAGAAUGGGCGAACCGCAGAUGGCCGGGCCCGCCCACAUGCGUCCCCCCUUCGACGGACCGCCCACCACUAUUGCAGCCGUGCCUCCGUACAUCGGCCCCGACACCCCUGCCCUGCGCACCCUCAGCGAAUACGCCCGACCUCACGUCAUGUCCCCCACCAAUCGCAACCACCCCUUCUUUGUGUCCCUCAACCCCGCAGACCCGCUGCUGGCCUACCACAUGCCCAGCCUGUACAACGCCGACCCGGGCAUGCGGGAGCGGGAGCUGCGAGAGCGGGAGAUGCGCGAGAGGGAGAUUCGCGAGAGGGAGCUGCGGGAAAGGAUGAAGCCCGGUUUUGAGGUCAAACCUCCCGAAAUGGACACACUCCACCCUUCCACGAACCCCAUGGAGCACUUUGCCCGGCACGGGGCCAUCACGUUGCCCCACAUGGCCGGCCCUCACCCCUUCGCCUCCUUCCACCCGGGCUUGAACCCGUUAGAGCGUGAGCGCCUGGCCCUCGCCGGGCCCCAGCUGCGGCCGGACAUGAGCUACCCAGAGCGGCUGGCGGCGGAGAGACUGCACGCCGAGCGGAUGGCCACCAUGGCCAACGACCCCAUCGCCAGGCUCCAGAUGUUCAACGUCACGCCGCACCACCACCAGCACUCGCACAUCCACUCCCAUCUGCACCUGCACCAGCAAGACCCCCUUCACCAAGGUGGUGGUGAAUGUCUUGUGUGUCCUCCAGGUUCCGGGGGCCACCCCCUGGCCAUAGACCCCCUGGCGGCCGGACCGCACCUGGCUCGCUUCCCUUACCCGCCUGGCGCCAUCCCCAACCCGCUCCUCGGCCAGCUGCCGCACGAACACGAGAUGCUGCGUCACCCGGUCUUCGGUAGGCACCCGGCCAGUCUCGUCGAAGGCGCGGCGGUGCAUUUCCGGUUGAAUUUAUCAACCGCGGGGCUCCGAUCUUUGCUUUGCGCAGGAGCUCCAUACCCGCGGGACCUACCCGGAGGUCUGCCGCCCCCCAUGUCGGCCGCCCACCAGCUGCAGGCCAUGCACGCCCAGUCGGCUGAGCUCCAGAGGCUGGCCAUGGAGCAGCAGUGGCUGCACGGGCACCAUCACAUGCACGGAGGCCCGCUGCCCGGUCAGGAGGACUACUACAGCCGACUGAAGAAAGAGAGUGACAAGCAGCUGUAACAGGCCGAGGGAGGCGGCAGGAACUUGUGAAGAAUGCAAAAAGGCCAAGUGGAUCCAAUUCUUAUUCUUCAAAACUGGUUUUUUUUUUUUUUUUUUUUUUUUUUUUUUCUUCUUCUUCUUCUUCCUCCCAGGACAUUUCUUUGGUAUAUAGCCAGUAAAAGUGACACAACUUCCUGAAGACUCCUGCAUGACAAGCUUCCUUGACAUUUUUUUUUUUUUUUUUUUUUUUUUGGGUAGGUGCUAGAACAAGAAGACACACUGUGCUUAUCCAAAAAAAAAAAAAAAAAACGUGGCCGCUUGUGGAAAGAUAACAAGUGCUAUCUUAAAUUCAACAUUUAUUUUAAUACAUUGUUGGAGCUUUUUUUUUUUUUUUUUUUUUUAAAUCAUCAUUUUAAGAAGAGCUACCGCAUGGAGUUUUUUGGGGAAUUUGUAAAUAGUAUAUAUAAACAUAUAAUUAUUAUAAUUAUUAUUAUUACUAGGUGUGGACAAACAAGUCGUUUCAACUUCAGCUGCAGUUGUGUUGAUGCAUUAUCCCUUGUUUCAGAGGGGAGCACCAUGGCAUUCUUAUUCUUAUUAUUUGAGCCAUUUGAGUUGUGACCUUGGUCUGACAUUGCCGUGUUAGAUUUAGUCCCACGUAGCCCACUUGAUGACCGGCACCCGUCGCCCCGCCCCGCCCCGCCCGAACCCGAAACCUGUCACACCCACUCAUCACACACCAGCUUUUUCAGAAUGUGUCAGUCAGCGCGGCUUGUUGACGUUUUGUGACUUGAAACACUUGAAGCUUGGGUUCAUCCAUGACCACAACUAAAAAGAACGUUUGCACUGAAAUUGAUUUUUUUAUCCUUCUGCCGCGUCAUUAUAUGAGCCAAAAACAUCUAAUGACCUUUUACCAUGUCUGAUUUUAAAAAUGUUUUCAACAAUUUGGAUAGCGGUAGAAUUUUAGUUUUUGUUUGUUUAGUUGUUUUUGUUUUUUUACGCUUGGCGAAUUUGAAACAACACCACUGGAGCCCUACAGGACCUAUUAAUGAUGGCGCCCUCUCCCGUCAUGUUCACUGUGACCUGCCAACAUGCGACCACCAGGAAGUGUCUGCGUGUGUGUAUGCUUGUGUAUGUGUCACACCCGUGUGCGGUUCAUGUUUUCCAACUCAAUGCACGGAGACUGUUUGACUUGUCAUGGAUCUCGACACAACUGUGGCUUAUUCCUUUUUUGUAUUAUUUUCAUUUUGCCAAAUGAAGAAACUGUACUCGCAUUUAAAUGACCAUGUCAUACUUCCUCAGAGCACUAUUUUUAUGUUGUUGUUUUGCAAGCGGAAAGUCUUCUGACCUUCCCUUUCUGACGCACUCUUCAUCCUCCUGUCCCUCCCCGAGCGUCCUUCUUUGCCUUUUUUGUGUCUCCAAACCUUUGGUGUUCAGUGUUGUCAAUGGUUUAGCUUCUCGUUUCAAAGCGGCAGCAGCAGAAUGUCCGUUCUGACUGCCGAGAUUUCUAUAUAUACUGGUAUCUUGAAGCUUAUUGUAUAUAUGAGUAGUCACCAUGGGAUGACACGAUGUAAACAAAAAGUAGAAAGAAGAAGAAAAAAUUGUGAGUUCUGUGUUCUCUCCAUUUGAGUAUUUUGUAAUUUUUUUGAAAAAUUUGUGGAAUUAAAAUAAACGACUAAGUUACACCACAAUA